AUGAAGCUACAGGUGCUUCCCCUUCUCCUGGCCGCAUUCUGGGCCAGGGCAGAAGAUACCCGGGACUUUCCCCAACGCAGUACCGACGACACCUUGAGCCUGGCCACGAGGGGUCAGGUUGCCGACAAGAAUAUUUGGGAAAGACACCCCGAGCCGUCGGCGUACCACUAUAACAUAGCCCGCCGCGACGCCACCCCGAAUCCCGACUCUAUCUUGUCCUUGGCCCUUCGAAGCCCCGCUCCUGCAAAGAAGGCUGCCGCUCCUGCUAAGAAGGCUGCUCCUGCUAAGAAGGCUCCGGCAGCGAAGAAGGCAGCGCCUGCUAAGAAGGCUGCUCCUGCUAAGAAGGCUGCUCCUGCUAAGAAGGCUCCGGCUGCGAAGAAGGCUCCCGCCGCAAAGAAGACUCCCGCUGCUGCGAAGAAGACCCCGGCUGCAAAGAAGAAAGCACCGGCUGCAAAGAAGACCGCUGCGAAGAAGACUCCAGCUGGAAAGAAGACUCCAGCUGGAAAGAAGACUCCGGCCGCAAAGAAGAAGACCACCGCUACGAAGAAGACUCCAGCUGCGAAGAAGAAAGCACCGGCUGCGAAGAAGAAGGCUCCUGCCGCGAAGAAGACUCCGGCUGUAAAGAAGAAGACUACUGCUGCGAAGAAGACUCCGUCUGCAAAGAAGACCCCGGCUGCAAAGAAGAAAGCUCCAGCUGGAAAGACUGCUGCUGGAAAGAAGACACCCGCAGGAAAGAAGUCUGCGGCAGGAAAGAAGACUCCAGCUGCGAAGAAGACACCGGUUGCAAAGAAGAGUGCAGCAGGAAAGCAGACAUCCGCAGGAAAGAAGUCUGCGGCAGGAAAGAAGACUUCGGCAGGAAAGAAGAAGGCUUCUGCUGCGAAGAAGACUCCCGCCGGAAAGAAGACCCCUGCUGGAAAGAAGACUUCGGCAGGAAAGAAGUCUCCCGCCGGAAAGAAGACUUCGGCAGGAAAGAAGUCUUCCGCUGGAAAGAAAACCCCAGCAGGAAAGAAGACUCCCGGAGGAAAGAAGAAGGCUUCUGCUGCAAAGAAGACUUCAGCUACAAAGAAGUCUUCCGCCGGAAAGAAGACUCCAGCUGGAAAGAAGUCUCCCGCUGGAAAGAAGACUCCCGGAGGAAAGAAGAAGGCUUCUGCUGCAAAGAAGACUUCAGCUGCAAAGAAGUCUCCCGCCGGAAAGAAGACUCCAGCUGGAAAGAAGACUUCGGCAGGAAAGAAGUCUUCCGCCGGAAAGAAAACCCCAGCAGGAAAGAAGACUCCUGGAGGAAAGAAGAAGGCUUCUGCUGCAAAGAAGACUUCAGCUGCAAAGAAGUCUUCCGCCGGAAAGAAGACUCCAGCUGGAAAGAAGAAGGCUUCUGCUGCAAAUAAGACUUCAGCUGGAAAGAAGACUCCCGCUGGAAAGAAGACACCCAAGAAUGCUGCCAUUCCUAAGAAGGGAGCAGCAUCUGGGAAGGCUACUAAGAAUAAGAAGGCCGUCGCCCCCAACAAGGGAUCAGCAUCCGAGAAAACCCCUGCUUCAAAGAAGGGACCUGCAAAAGCUGGAAAGAACAAAGCUUCUGGAAACAAGAAGGCUAAUGUCCCCAAGAAGGCGGGUAAGAGCGGUGGUUCUCCUAAGAGCGCCAGCAAGAAUUCUAAGAAGAAAACUCCUGCACGAGGAGCAGCCAAGGCCAAAGCAUCAAAGGCAAAGGCUCCGAGCGGAAAGUCGGCUGCCAAGGGAGCGCAGAAGAGCAAGAGUUCAAACACCAAAAGUCAAAAGAGCAAAGCUUCAAAGGCGAAGACUGCUCACGGAAAGACUCCAGCCAAGACAUCUCAGAAGGCAAAAGCUCCUCAACGAAAGAAGGCUGCCAAAGGAGCUCAGAAAAGUAACAGUUCGAAAGCCAAAGUCCCCAAGGGUAAUGCACCAAAAGGAAGCGGUUCCAAGAGCAAAACUCCCAGCAAGGCAAAAGGUGCUAAGAGCGCAAAGAGCAAGACUCCCGCCAAGAACAACCGCAAGACGCCAGCCAAGAGUGUGAAGGGAAGCACUCCUGCAAAGAAAAACCACAAGACUUCUGUCAAAAACAACCGCAAGACUCCAACUGGGGGCAAGGCAAAGUCUCCCGCCAAGGCAAAAGGCGCUCAAGGAAAGACUCCAGGCAAGAAAAACAACGGGACUCCGGGUAAGAAAGCGAAAGAAAAGACUGGCACUAAGGGUAAUGCCAAAAUUCCCUCCAAGAGUGGGAAUGGGAGGACUCCAGCCAAGAAUAACCAUAAGACUCCGGCCAAGAGCAGAGGCAAGAAUCUAUCCAAUGUUGCAAAAGGAAAGGCCUCCGCCAAGAAGACUCCGGCACAAGGCAGCCGCAAGUCUCCUGGCAAGAAUAACCGCAAGACUCCCGGGAAAGCAAAAAGUGCCAAAAGCGACUCUCCGGCCAAGAGUAAAGGCAAGAACUUAUCCAAGGGCGCUAAGAGUGCCAAUGGCAAGACUCCCUCCAAGAAAAACCACAAGACUCCAUCCAAGGGUGCGAAUGGAAAGUCUAAUGGAAAGAAGACUCCGGCGAAGGCAAAUCACAAAUCCCCCGGCAAGAAUAACCGCAAGACUCCCGCGAAGGGACACGGUGCUAAUGGCAAGUCUCCGGCCAAGAACAACCGCAAGACUCCCGUCAAGGGUGGGAAGGGAAAGACUCCAGCAAAGAGCCAUAGCAAUGCCGCAAAGGCGAAGGCUGCCGGCAAGGGAAAGACACCCCAAGGGAAAUCUUCAAAGAGCAAUGGUUCGAAAGCAAAGAAGCCCAAUAAAAAGCCUCCCGGGAUGGGAAAAGCCCGCAAAGGCAAUUCUCCAAAAGGGAAAGCUCACAAUGGAAGAACCCCCAAGCAGAAGGCGGCCCUUGCCAAGGGCAACAAAUCUACCAAGUCGCCCAAGGGAGCAGAAGCCAGCUGCUCUGCAAAGCGGGGUCUCGGGUCGGUUGGUGCAGCCUGCAAGGCGAAGUUUGACAAGGUAUUCCACCGGAAGGGUAAGAAUACACAACCUGCCCAGGACCCGAACGUGAGAAAGGAUGCCGGAACUCAGAAGCUCGAGGAGUUGGCCAAGAAGAAGGGCAUAGAGCUCAAACCGGACACCACAUAUGCGGUUAAGGAGAAAACUGGCGGGCUCAUGUCGCACGAAUACGUCGCCGGCGUCAAAUACGAGAAAAACAACAACCAGGGGGUUGAGGAACAUACAGCCACAGGCAAGAGAUAUGAUCUUUUUGUCGGGGGAAAGAAAUUUGGCGCCAAAGACAAGAUACAAAAGAACGAGGACCAGGUUGACGCAACACUCGGUGCAAAGGGGAGCACUAAAAUACCAGUCAUUCAUUCAAAAGACGCCGCUUAUAUCGAGGAGCACAAUUGGAAACCGAACAAGAAGAAGGGAGGAAGCGAGCUUCUGGGAGAGAUGGAUAGCAAGUUUGUAGGCCAGGAUGGCCCCGACGGCGACAAGAUCCUGAAAGAGGGUGGGAAGAUUCUGACUGGUGACCCCAACAAACAGUCGGGCGGGAAGUAUAAUAUCCUCGCUCACUGUACCAAGGGGGACGGGAACAAUUGCAGGACUGCAGCGCGGAAGCUUGGUGACACUGUUGUCAAGAAGCCGGAGGAAGCAGCUAAAGCACCUACACGCCCGGCUCCUGCGGUUCCUUCGAAAGUACCUCCUCCAAUUCCUGCAAAACCAGCUCAUCUAGCUCAUUAUGUUGGAAAUCAAGGAAACUAA